CGGUUAUAGCCGAGCCGAAGGAUAAGAGUUCAAAUUCGCACCCAUAAGUCGAACUCACUGAGAAUCACCUCCCAACGAAAUCAUGGCAAGCCGUCUAGCACAAGUUUCUGGUCACCUCAGUAAUGCACAUGGACGCGGACUCCUCUCUGGAGAAGUAGCUAUCAUUACUGGCGGCGGACAAGGUAUCGGACGCAGCGCCGCCCUGCUGUUUGCAAAGGAGGGCGCAAAAGUCGUGGUUAGCGAUAUUGACGCUAAGAAGGCUGCGGCUGUAGUGGAAGAGAUCAAAGCUGCAGGUGGUGACGCAAUAUCCGUCGUAGGAGAUGUCGGCGCAGACGACUUUCCGAAAACAAUCGUGGAUGCAACUGUGAAGCAGUAUGGCAAGAUACAUCACAUCGUGAACAACGCUGGUUUCACACACGACAAGAUGAUUCACACCAUGCCAGAUGAGACAUACGACAUCAUCAUGAAAAUUCACGUCCGUGCACCUUUCCGCCUCAUCCGUGCUGCUGCACCUUAUUUCCGAAUCAAGAGCGAUACCCCGGAAAACCGUUCUAUCAUUAACGUCUCUUCAACAUCCGGUCUGCAUGGAAAUGUCGGCCAAGCAAACUACGCCGCUGCCAAGUCUGCUGUCGUAGGUCUCACCAAGACUAUUGCGAAAGAGUGGGGACCAUUUGGUGUCCGUGCGAAUACCAUUGCAUUCGGCCUUGUCCAUACUCGGUUGACCGCGGCCAAAGAGGCCGGUGAAACGAUUGAGAUUGACGGUAAGAAGGUUGCACUGGGCAUUCCCGGAGCAAAUAAGCGUUCUGGUUCGGAUGUUAAAGCUUCCGUGGACAUUCCUCUGCAGAGAGGCGCUACCGCUGAUGAGGCGGCCGCAGGCAUGCUUUUCCUUGCGUCACCGCUUGCAUCGUAUGUGACUGGCCACACGCUGGAGGUAACGGGUGGACGAGGAAUCUAAUUUUUCUUUAUUUCAUGGCCCACUGUCUGCUGCAUCGCUGUAUUAUUUUUCCUUUCAUUGUCACAUACAUAGGACAUCUUACUUCAACCAAACGACGGGAAUGACCAAACAUUUUGAUAUGCUUCUUAUGCUGACGAGCACAUCGAGGAAAGCGGAAGGCCCAUGUACGAUAUAACCUGGUAAAGCGGCACCAGAAGACCACCUAGAAUUGAAAGUGAAACACUCGUCUUCUAUCGCAUUUCACAAGGGUCGCGCAGGUAUGCAUGUAGUCGUCAGACCAGAAUUAGGUGCCCUGGUUCCUGCGUUGUGACAUGACCAUAGUGACUACCAGGUAUUCUGGAGUCAGGAUCCAUCCUCGUAUGAGACUGAAAUCUAGUUCGAUCACGAGGUCUCAACAAUGCAACAUCC